UUAGGACAUUCUUGCUGUCCUAGAGUGGAGGAGGUCUGGGAGAUCUUGGAGGAGAAGGGGAGGUCGGACAGGCGGGGGGCGUGUGUUCCUCCGGAGUUUUCUUUUUCUCGCUAGCCCUUGCGCGCGCGCGCGCUCACAGAAGUCAUCCCUGUGGACUGGCGAUUGUGGACUGGAGGUGGAGAGGCUCCAUCCCAGCUGGUGGCCGGAGGAGGCUGGCUGGCUGCCUGGGAGACCUCCCCACCGAAGCGGUUCCCAGGAAGUUUUGCAAAGUAGAUGCAACAGUGCAGCCGGGGCCGCCGCCGCGCAGGAGCCCGGGACCCACGCCUCCCACUCUCGCCGGCUCCGCUUCCUCUCCUCCAGGCGCCCUGCGCGGACCAGGCAACCGUCUGCGCCCGCCUAGCUCCACGAUAUAAGUACAGCAGUGGACAGAGAUGAGAGAUGAGAGAGAUGGACAGACGAUUUGCCCUCAGAGAGCUUUGGUCCCUUCUGGUUUGCUCUGCUUUGGGGUGGAAAAAAAAGUGUGUGUGAAAGCAGCACAGUAAGAGGCAUUUCCUCAGAUUUGCAUCAAGAUGGAAACGUUUUGCUUCAGGGUGUCCUUUUGGGUGGCGCUGGUCGGAUGUGUGAUUAGCGGUCAUUCUGAGAGCUACAACGCAAAUCUAAGCACUCAUGCAGAAGAUGUUACCACUUUUCACGGGACAGAGCUCAGCUUCCCGGUGACCACGCAUCGACCCUCUAAGCUGGCCCUACCCAGCAAUGGCUCGAUGCCCAACUACUGCCCACAGCAGACGAAGAUUACUUCAGCUUUCAAGUACAUUACCACCGUGAUAUCUUGUACUAUUUUCAUCGUGGGAAUGGUGGGGAAUGCAACUCUGCUCAGGAUCAUUUACCAGAACAAGUGCAUGAGGAAUGGCCCCAACGCGCUGAUAGCCAGCCUUGCCCUCGGAGACCUUAUCUAUGUGGUCAUUGAUCUCCCCAUCAAUGUAUUUAAGCUGCUGGCUGGGCGCUGGCCUUUUGAUCACAACGACUUUGGCAUAUUUCUGUGCAAGCUGUUCCCCUUUUUGCAGAAGUCCUCGGUGGGGAUCACCGUCCUCAAUCUCUGUGCUCUCAGCGUUGACAGGUACAGAGCCGUUGCCUCCUGGAGUCGCGUUCAGGGGAUCGGGAUUCCCUUGGUCACUGCCAUUGAGAUCGUCUCCAUCUGGAUCCUCUCUUUCAUCCUGGCCAUCCCGGAAGCCAUCGGCUUCGUCAUGGUGCCCUUUGAAUACAGGGGCGAGCAGCACAAAACCUGUAUGCUCAAUGCCACGUCGAAGUUCAUGCAGUUCUACCAAGAUGUGAAGGACUGGUGGCUCUUCGGCUUCUAUUUCUGCAUGCCCCUGGUGUGCACCGCCAUCUUCUACACCCUCAUGACUUGUGAGAUGCUAAACAGGAGGAACGGCAGCCUGAGAAUCGCCCUCAGUGAACAUCUUAAACAGCGUCGAGAAGUGGCAAAAACAGUUUUCUGCUUGGUCGUAAUUUUUGCACUUUGCUGGUUCCCUCUUCAUUUAAGCCGCAUUUUGAAGAAAACUGUGUAUAAUGCGAUGGACAAGAACCGGUGCGAAUUACUGAGUUUCUUGCUGCUCAUGGAUUACAUCGGUAUUAACUUGGCAACUAUGAAUUCAUGUAUAAACCCGAUAGCUCUAUAUUUUGUGAGCAAGAAAUUUAAAAAUUGUUUUCAGUCUUGCCUCUGCUGCUGCUGUCACCAGUCCAAAAGCCUGAUGACCUCAGUCCCCAUGAAUGGAACUAGCAUCCAGUGGAAGAACCACGAACAGAACAACCACAACACAGAGAGGAGCAGCCACAAGGACAGCGUAAACUAAACAUCUUCAGAACCACUGAUCAAUAUUCCUCCGAAUCCUGUUGGAGAAAAAAAAAAUCACACAGCAACUAUGUCUCCAGAAGUCUCUUCUCACGUGGCUCAGUCCCACCCCUGGAAAAUGCUUUCCAAAGCAUCAGAGAGUGGAUUGGUUUAUACCCACAAACUCACUGAAUCUGACUUCUUUGAUUUAUCUUAUUCACAUAUUCUGCCUGUUAUAUUCAGCACUAAAAAAUGGUGAGGGUUGGCAGGAGAAAGGGAGAGUAUCCAAUGAAACCAGAAGGAUAUUUACUACUUUUGCAUGAAAAUAGUUUUCAAGUGCAUGACUAGCUUUCACGGCCGUUCUGUCCAACGCUCAGUGGGAACCGGUCACCAUGAAAGUUUGGAGAUGAUGAAAUAGAGACAUUUUUUAAGUGUUUUGUUUUGUUGCCAAACACAGUAUGGACUUAAGUCACCUUUAUUUGAGAUAUUAUUCUGUGCCAGUAUUUUUAAGCUCAUAAUAAUUUAAAAAUAAUUAUUUGAGCCUAUUUAUACAUAUUUUGCAAAAAAAAAAAAGCAAGUAAAACAGAAUUUAGGUGAACAAUUAGGUUAAUAUUUCUCAUGUCACUGUUUUUUUUCUCAACAUACAUUCUCAAGCUGCGACAAAUGCAGGUACUAAAGCACAAACUGGUGACCACACGGGGCAGUUCAAUUGCUGCUAUUCGAAGGAUUUUUAAUAACUUACUUUUUUAGUGGUUUUUCAGUACAGGAGAUCCUGAACAUAGUUUUAUGUUAACUUUUAGAAGUAAUGCUCCAGUCAAAUAGUUCUAUUUUUCAUAAGCCAAAUCAUUUUUAUGUCCUUUUGGUAAAAUCAAUAACACACCAAAAUAUAAGUGUGCAUGUCAUUGAACUACAGCCAAGACUUUCAGUGCGAUGCAUGAAGUCUAAAGUACACCUAGCAGACAAGGACUGAAUAUUUUUAGAAGAUUUGGAAAUUUUCAUUGAGGGUUUUUUGUAAUAGUAACAUGUAUAUAUAUGUAUAUACAUAUCUAUGUACAUAUAUACACGUGUGUAUAUACACAUAUACAUAUAUAUAGUAUACAUAUCACCUCAUAUUCCUUUGAUUUGUCUUAAAUGCUAACUGGCAGUAAGACUUUUUGGGCCAUUCCACUGUCCAUAUAGGAAACGUACUUUCCAAGUGGCUGAGUUGAUCACGUCACUGAAACGUAAGUGCCCCAAAGGCCAUCACGAGCUCCUCGCUUCUCCGGGCUUCCAGCGUGAACUGCGACCCCUCCCCCACUCCCACUCCUCACACGGUCACCAUUUCAAAGGGCCCGCAGUGACUUCUGCCGGGCAUUUCCCAGGAUGUUUACAGACUGUGAGUAUAGCAGAAAAUCUUUUACUGUGUGUACAUAAAUAUAUAUAUAUAUACAACUAUA